UAAAUUUCGUGUUUCCUUUAUGAUAACCUUGUGUUCUAACUCAUCGUUAGUUGGAAAAUUCGUUCUUUCGGGUUUAUUUUUAGCUUUUCACGUUUUGCGCUUUGAUUAUGGGGCAUUUACUUGUAGUCUCUUUCUUUUAAAAAUUCAAUUUGCUUAUUUAAAAUGGUAAUGUUGAAUUUGAUAUGAAUUUUGAAGGUAGUUUUUUUUAAUUAAGUUGACUUAUUAGUGAAUUGAAGAGGUCUUUAUGAUGAUUAGUAUAGGCUCUGAAUUGGAGCCAAAAAACGAGUCUAAUACAAUGAUGGAAAUGGUUUCAAAUGGUAAUGGAAAUGGAAGCUUGUCCCAAGAUUCGAAAGAUAAGUUUAUGCAUUCUGUGAGCAAUUGUGAGGACCACAACUUUGGUGAGGGAACUCUUAAUGGUGUAGGAGAAGGAACGAUACCCAAAGGAACCGAGGACAUGGAGAUUAACAUAACUGAAUGUACAAACUCUGACAUGAAUAGCUUGGCUAAUGCUGAAUGUCAGGAUACCACUGAGAAUUCGAGUUCUUUUGGUGGCACGGUAUCUGGGGCCGAGAAUGACUCGGCAAUAAGUGACGUUGAAGUUGAUUCGGCAUUAUGCAGUGAGAAUCCAUUGGGAUCAAUGUUUGAUGGGUUGUUCCUAUUAAGGAAGAGAAAGUUGACAGAUCAUUGGAGGAGGUUUAUUCGUCCCAUUAUGUGGCGGUGUAAAUGGUUAGAAUUGCAACUUAAGGAAUUUAGAUCUCAGACAUUGAAGUAUGAUCAACAACUUGCAGAGUAUGAUCAGAGAAAGAAAUUUGAAUAUGAAAAACUCACAUUUGAGGGGCUUAAUGUGAAGUCGCAACCUUUUCAAAUUCAAAGAAAGAAAAUAAUGAGUAGGAGGAAAAGGAAGCGAGUUGAAGAUACUGCUGAUUUAGCAUCUUAUAUGUCAAACCAUAACCUUUUCUCAUAUUAUGACAGUAAGAAAUUUGUUGUUGCUACUUCUGCUCAUGUUGGUGAUAAUGGUAAGUUAGGAAACAAAACGGUCAAUAGCAAUGAAGACAUUGUAAUUAGUGAUGGAUUGUCAGGUCUUGAAUUCAGAGACAGUGAUAUUUGGUUAGAAAAUAUCCUUGGAAAGAUUGAUCUGAUUCAAUCUCAAGUUCACACGUUAAAGACCCGAGUUGACAGUGUGGUUAAUGGAAGUCCUCAAAAGUUCUCUUCCAUUAAUGUAUUGAGUUCAGUUAUGCCAUGCAACACUUUAUCUGGUUCUAGAAGUCGCUCUUCUCCUGCUGGGAGUGGAGAGCGAAUCCCAGUUACAUCUCAGGGGGGUAACAUGGGAGAUCUAUUUAUGCCUGGAAGUAGUGCAGUUUCAAAUCAUGGAGAGGUUGCACCUUUUCCUGAUGUGAUUGAGGGAACUGCUCAGAAUCUUGCUGCAGUUUCUUAUGACAACACUGAGGAUGAAAUUUUGAUACAUAACCAGGCUGCCAAGGAAGAGUUGUAUAAUUUUCAAAGUGGUUUAACAAAACCGACAGAGGAGCUUCCGCCGCCAACCAAAAAGCCUACUGUUGUUGCUCCUGGAGAUGACCUCCUUGCCAACCCUUCUGUUCAACCAGAUGUGAAGGUAUCUUUGACGUCUGAGUCCGAGAUCAAUAAUAACAGAAGGAAUAUGGAGAAACGAGAAUCAGGCACUGAGGAUCCACCGAUGCCAACCGAAAAGCCUACUGUUCUUGCUCCUGGAGAUGACCUUCUUGCCAAUCCUUCUGCUCAACCAGAUGUGAAACUAUCUUUGACGUCUGAGUCUGUGAUCAGUAAUAACAGAAGGAAUAUGGAGAAACGAAAAUCAGGCACUGAGGAUCCGCCGAUGCCAACUGAAAAGCCUGCUGUUCUUGCUCCGGGAGAUGACCUAUCUGCGAACCCUUCUGUUCAACCGGAUGAGAAGGUAUCUUUGACGUCAGAGUCCAAGAUCCCUAAUAACAAAAGUAAAAUGGGGAAACGAAAAUCAGUCACAAAUGAGCCACUGAUGCCUACUGAAAAACCUACUGUUAUUGCUCUAGGAGAUGACCUCCCUGCAAACCCUUCUGUUCAACCAGAUGUGAAGGUACCUUCAAUGUCCGGAUCCAAGAUCCCUAAAAACAAAAGGAAGAUGGGGAGACGAAAAUCAGGCACCGAGGAGCCACUGAUGCCAACUGAAAAGCCUACUCUUCUUGCUCCUGGACAUGACCUCCCAGCAAACCCUUCUGUUCAACCAGAUAUGAAGCUUUCUUCUCUGUCCAAAUCCAAGGUCCCUAAUAACAAAAGGAAGUGGAGGAAACAAAAGUCAGGCACCAAAAAGCCGCCAAUGCCUACCAAAAAGCCUACUGUUCUUGCUCCUGUAGAUGACCUCACUGCAAACCCUUCUGUUCAACCAGACGCAGAUGUAUCUUCGUCAUCCAAGGUCCCUGAUUACAAAAGGAAGAGGGGGAAACGAAAAUCAGGCACUGGCUGGUGGAGCCGGAAAUCCUCGGGAUAACUAAAUCUUAAGUUGGAAUAUUGUAUCCGUACAUGUUCAAAGCAAACUUCUGGAAGAGCAUUGUUAGACUUCUCCAGCCCUAGUUUCAUCUCUAUGUACAUGCUUGGUGUCCGUUCUCUUAUCUUCUUCUUUCAUAUUUCAAGGGCAGUCCAUACGUGCCCUUACCAUCUUGAUCGGAUUCAAAGUUUGACAUUCUGUAUGGUGGAUAUCAGUUUCUUUAUGGGUCA